CAUGUGACAGGAGGGCGGGGCUGGCGCGGAGGAGGAGGAAGAUGGCGGCGGCGCGCAGAGUGGAGAGACGGAGAGCGGAAUAACAACAACAGCUGGGCGGCCACUAAUGAGGUGCACUUGCCCUUGGUGACAUUUCGUGGGUAGCAGAGGCCACGGGGGACACUAUGUAGCAGAAGGCCAAUUCCCAGUGGACUUUACCAUUUAAGCCUGAAAGGGUUUUGGAUCUUUUGGCUCAAACACUGAAUUGGGACGGAGUUCAUGAGGUUCCUGGCUUGCCGGCCAUCACCAUGAGCAGUAGCGUAGGGAAAGAGAAGGAUCCCAAGGAGCGAGAGCCCAAGGUGACCUCCACGGCUAAAGAGCGAGAGAAGGAGGCCAAAGCCGCCGGGCUGGUCAAAGAGAGCAAAGACAAGGACCUAAAGACCAAAGUGAAAGAUGCCAAAGAGGGUAAGCGAGACCCAAUUGGGGCCCAGGCCGGCGUGGCUUUUUCUGUGGACAAUACAAUUAAACGGCCAAACCCGGCAUCUGGGAUGCGUAAAAAGGCCAGCAACGCCGAGGUGAUCAAAGAACUGAGUAAAUGUCGGGAGGAGAACGCCACUCGCUUGGACUUGGCCAAGAAGUCCAUACACAUGCUUCCGGUUUCCAUCAAAGACCUGACCCAAAUCACGGAACUUUAUUUAUACGGAAACAAGCUGCAGUCCCUGCCGGCCGAGGUGGGCUGCCUCGUGAACUUGGUCAAGCUGGCCCUUAGUGAGAACUCUCUGACUAGCCUCCCGGACUCCCUCGAUAACUUAAAGAAGCUGUGCAUGCUGGACUUGCGGCAUAACAAGCUCCGAGAGAUCCCGGCCGUGGUCUACAGGCUGAGUUCUCUCACCACCCUGUUUUUACGGUUCAACCGCAUAACCGCGGUGGAGAAGGACAUCAAGACACUGUCCAAGCUCACCAUGUUAAGCAUACGGGAGAACAAGAUCAAACACCUGCCUGCAGAAAUUGGGGAGUUGUGCAACCUGAUUACACUGGAUGUGGCUCACAAUCAGCUGGAGCACCUUCCCAAGGAGAUCGGCAACUGCACCCAGAUCACCAACCUCGACCUGCAGCACAACGAGCUCCUGGACCUGCCCGACACAAUAGGAAACCUGUGCAGCCUGAGUCGCCUGGGCCUGCGCUAUAACAGACUGUCGGCCGUACCCCGAUCCUUAGCCAAGUGCAGCGAGCUGGACGAGCUCAACCUGGAAAAUAACAACAUUUCCACUCUGCCAGAGGGGCUUCUCUCCAGCCUAGUGAAAGUGAACAGCUUAACCCUGGCCCGGAAUUGUUUCCAGUCCUACCCAGUGGGGGGGCCCUCCCAGUUCUCCACUAUCUACUCCCUCAAUAUGGAGCAUAAUCGCAUUAACAAAAUCCCAUUCGGAAUCUUUUCAAGAGCAAAAGUAUUGAGUAAACUCAACAUGAAGGACAAUCAGCUGACUUCUCUGCCCCUGGAUUUUGGAACCUGGACAAGUAUGGUGGAGUUAAACCUGGCAACCAAUCAGUUAACCAAGAUUCCUGAGGAUGUAUCUGGCCUUGUCUCCAUAGAGGUUCUGAUUCUGUCCAACAACCUGCUGAAGAAGCUGCCACAUGGUAUUGGGAACCUGCGCAAGCUGAGAGAAUUGGACUUGGAAGAGAACAAACUGGAGUCUCUGCCCAAUGAAAUUGCUUAUCUGAAGGAUCUGCAGAAACUGGUCCUCACCAAUAACCAGUUAACCACGUUACCCAGAGGGAUCGGGCACCUCACCAAUCUCACGCACCUUGGCCUUGGCGAAAACCUCCUCACCCAUCUUCCAGAAGAAAUAGGUACACUGGAGAAUUUGGAGGAGCUGUAUCUGAAUGACAACCCCAAUUUACACAGUCUCCCCUUCGAGCUCGCUCUGUGCAGCAAACUGUCCAUCAUGAGUAUUGAGAACUGUCCGCUCAGCCACCUCCCCCCCCAGAUUGUAGCCGGGGGCCCCUCGUUCAUCAUUCAGUUCUUAAAGAUGCAAGGUCCCUAUCGUGCCAUGGUCUGACCCCCCCGUCCCAUACACUGUACAAAAGCAUUGUGUUAUAUAUAUGUGUGUGUAUUCUCCCCGGUGCGGAUAUACCAGUAAUAUAUAUAUAUAUAUAUGUGUGUGUGUAUU